GGCUGCUCCCUUUUUGACAAGCGCCAGCCCUGCCACGGGGUACUUGACUCCAGCAUCCCAGCCGGGUGCUCUCUGCCUCCUCCUCUGUCAUUCUCCUUCCUGAGGCAUCAGAGCUAGACCACCCAGGGCUGGCUGGACCAUGCAGAUUACCUGCUGCUCCCAGAUUGCUUUGCUGCUCCUGCUGCUGACAGGUAUUGAAAACAGUUCGUCUCAAAGAGCCUGCGGCCGGCCCAAAGUGUCUUCCCCUCGGAUCGUUGGUGGGGAGAAAGCCAAUGAAGGGGAAUGGCCCUGGCAAGUCAGCAUACGGAACAACAGACUGCACACUUGUGGCGGAAGCCUCAUUUCAUCCCAGUGGGUGGUGACAGCUGCCCAUUGCUUUGAAGGACCACUGGUCCCAGAAGAGUUUCGAGUACACCUGGGAGAGUAUGAGCUUCCCAAACCUUUGCCCAGCAUGGUCUCAUCUGGCGUCAGCAAAAUCAUAGUGCAUCCGUAUUAUGCUGGAGAUGGGCUGAGCGCCGAUAUUGCGCUCCUGCAGCUGGAAAAGCCCGUCGAUUUCUCCCGGACCAUCUUGCCCAUCUGCCUGCCUGGUGCUGUAGAUCCGGAACCCUUUCCCGCUGGGAUGUCAUGCUGGGUCACUGGCUGGGGCAAUCUCUAUCCAGAAGCCCCCUUUGUUACUCGGACCCUGCAGGAAUUGAAAGUGCCCAUCCUGGGCGUGGAGGACUGUGACCGCAUGUACCACAACAACACCUUCUCCGACUCGGAGGAUGUGCCGGAAGGCUACAGGCUGAUCCACAAAGAUAUGAUCUGUGCUGGAUACCCAGAAGGAAAGAAGGAUUCGUGCCAGGGUGACUCUGGGGGACCCCUGGCUUGCAAGCUGAAUGGCACUUGGUUCCUGGCUGGAGUGGUGAGCUUUGGCUUUAGCUGUUCAGAGGCUAACCGGCCUGGCGUCUACACCCGGAUCACCUCCUACAUAGACUGGAUUCAAGAAGCUAUGGCCCAGAACUCAAAGACUGUUAGUGGAGCCCAUCUCCCAAGAGCCAAUUCUGUCCUCUUCUUGUUUCUCCUCCUCUUUCUCAUGGCCUUGACCAAUAGCGUUUCAUGAACUGCUUUAUGUCUGCCCAUGACACUUCAAAAUGGCUGCCGUGCUUCAUUAGGCGAGACCAGACUGAGAGCCUGCAAUGGAGGGACCCUGUGUGGGUUGUGCUUUGAAGUGUGUUCAUAAGAGCUCUGCCGCCAUUGGAAAGAUCUGUCCCCUGCUGUUUCUUGCCUGCUUACUUAAUAGACCAGCAGCCAUGAGUUCUAAUAGAAAAGGAAUGCGUGGAAACAGAAACAGAAGGAGGAACUGGGGUUGUGGAAAAUGAAACACAAUUGACACGUCGGAGAAGAAACCAUCUGGAAUAAGACAAAGCCAAAAUACAGAAUAAUAAUUAAAAACCCGACCAAGACAA